UUGCACUGUCGUCUCUCCCCCUCUCUCUCUCUCUCUCCCCUAUACUUACAGAGAUAUAUCUAUCACUCUCCCACCAAAUAGACGAACCCACAAAAAUCUUCAGACAUCCUUCCGCAUAUCUCUGUGAAGCUCGGCGAUUCCUCUGUAUCUCUUCCAGUUCACAAGCAUGAGGAAUCUUGGGAGGGCGGGAAUCCAUUACUUGCACAAACUGAAUGCUGCAAAUGUUCCAAAAGAAUUGAUAGAAAAGGGUCAAAAUCGUGUUAUAGAAGCUUCCCUCACUCUUAUUCGGGAAAGGGCGAAACUUAAGGGAGAGCUAAUUCGGGCCAUGGGAGGAGCAGUAGCAUCAGCUUCUCUUCUUGGAGUUCCUCUAGGACAUAAUUCAUCAUUUCUGCAAGGGCCAGCAUUUGCUCCACCUCGCAUAAGGGAGGCAAUCUGGUGUGGCAGCACAAACUCCACCACUGAAGGAGGGAAGGAGCUAAAUGAUCCACGGGUCUUAACUGAUGUUGGUGAUGUUCCUAUCCAAGAGAUACGAGAUUGUGGUGUUGAUGAUGACAGGUUGAUGAAUACCAUAAGUGAAUCUGUCAAGCUUGUUAUGGAAGAAGAGCCCUUAGCCCCAUUAGUUUUGGGGGGUGAUCACUCGAUAUCCUAUCCUGUUGUAAGAGCUGUGUCUGAGAAGCUGGGAGGGCCCUUGGAUAUACUUCACCUUGAUGCUCAUCCUGAUAUCUAUGAUGCUUUUGAAGGAAACAAAUAUUCCCAUGCAUCUUCGUUUGCAAGGAUUAUGGAGGGCGGUUAUGUUCGCAGGCUUUUACAGGUUGGCAUUAGAUCAAUAAAUAGUGAAGGCCGUGAACAAGGGAAAAGAUUUGGCGUAGAGCAAUAUGAAAUGCGAACAUUUUCAAGAGAUCGACCCUUCUUGGAGAGCCUGAAACUUGGCGAAGGGGUAAAGGGCGUGUAUGUUUCAGUGGACUUGGACUCUCUUGAUCCCGCGUUUGCUCCCGGAGUAUCCCAUAUCGAACCAGGAGGUCUCUCGUUCCGUGAUGCUCUCAACAUAAUCCACAACCUGAAAGGCAAUGUUAUUGCUGGAGAUGUGGUUGAAUUCAACCCUCAAAGAGACACCGUUGACGGAAUGACGGCAAUGGUUGCUGCUAAGCUGGUGAGGGAACUGACUGCAAAGAUUUCCAAGUGAGCAAUAUGCAAUGCUCCGGCAGAUGGAUGACUGAAACGAAACUUCACUUCACUUCACUCUCUAGGACUAGGAAAUGUUAGUUUUCGUUUGCUAGUUGCGCCCCCAUAAAAUGGUGUUGAAGUGGUUCUGGUUCUUUCUUCUUGCAUAUGAAUUUGAAAUUGAAACUUGGCCUUAGCUUUUAGAGAGGAGCUACAAUGGCCAGUGGGCAUUUGAUUUGUUAUUGUUGUAGCGUGAAGACUUGCAGUGGCUAUAUUUUGGAACUUGGCAUUGUGAGCAGGAACUAACAACUUCUCAAAUUGGCAGAGGGAGUUUUCCUUUUUAGUGUUUAA